AUGGAGCACAUCGACAAGAUCAAGCAGUGCUCUGUGUGCAAGGCCGACUGUUACCUCUCCUACAUACAUUGCACGCGCUGCAGCAAAGACAGCGACGGCAGCAGCAACGACGAUGUGCAGUGUCUCAAGCACGAGUGUACGUGUGCCACCAAGCACAAAGCGAUCAAGGUGAACAAGCUGUUGCCCGACAUCGAGGCCACCAUUGGCAAGCUGAGAGAGAAGCUGGCCGCCGCUGGCAAGGCGCUGGCUGUAGCCACAUCAUCAACAACAUCAACAUCAUCAACCACCCUGUACAAAUUCCCCUAUCCAUCCUCCAACCAGACGUCACCGACGCCUUCCUUUUCACUCAUCUUCUCCAAGAACAGGAAGAACAAGGCCAAGGCCAUUGCCACGACCACCACCACAACAACCACCACUACCACAACCACAACAACAACGACGACAAUGACCAUACCUGGGUUCAGUGAUGGUCAACCUAUCGAGAUAUAA